UCCUUUUAAUUGCAAUAACGAUUACAAAAAUUAAGAUAAUUAAAUUAUGCCUCGUCACGUUUUUGUUAAAGAGAAGUUGAAACUGAAAGAAUUUGUAGAUCUAGAUUCAUAGAGAAAGUGGGAGAAAUCUGCGAAAGCUUGCACAGCAUUCGCCACUGUUCCUUAAUUGACAAUUCAGAUUUUAUCAAGUUUUAAAGCGUCCGAAAGAUCAGGAUGUGCUAAAAAUUCAAAUGCGACAUUGUCGACAUGCCAAAUUGUAUGCUAAUUGAAUCAAUGCUGCUGGAUAAAUCGGCGGGUUCCAGUUCUGAAGUGCGCGCGGAGGAAAGAGAAAGCCUAUAAGGCAUGAAUCAUUCAAUGUUACGGAUGAUGGUCACCGACGUCUAGGCCGGUCUGUGUAAGGUCGAACGGUAGUAGCGCGUCGACUCUGCGUGUGCAAACAGUGCGUGUGAGACGAGUUCCUCGAGUUUUCAGCCGAUUGACACGUAAUAUUUUGAACCGAUAGAAGUACGACGGCAAACAUGAGACUCAGGAUCUUCCUGAUCACCACGAUUGUGUUUUUAUUCGUAUUCGACACAGAUGGCCGGAAAACCAGCGGAUCAAGAAGGAGCGGCAGCGGAGGAGGCUAUAGCAGUUCUCGGAGCCGAGGUUCAAAUCAAGCGAAAACAGGAUCAGCAGGAUCGGGAGACUCAAGUUCGAGCAAAGUAGGAUGGAACAGUAAAGCGACCGGCACCAAUGCCAAACCGUCGGCUCCGGUAUCUGAACAUGCUUCGAAAACCAGCGCGACGAAUGUACAAUCAGGAUACAAUCCGUCGAACAAUCCGCCGCCGUACAGUCCAGGUGGAUACCCUCGGCAGCCGGCUGGCAAUCCGGCUUACGGCGGCGCGGGAUAUCCGCCUCACAAUCAAGGACCCCCAGGAUAUUCGUCUCACAAUCAAGCACCCCCAGGAUAUACGCCUUACAAUCAAGGACACGCUCCCCCAGCAUACCCAGGAUCUCCCAACAUGAACCCUUCGUAUUCCAGCGGCUACGGAGGCCACUCGCCGUACGGACAAGCUUACAAUCCGUCUAUGCAUCAUAACGCGCCGCCGGCUUACAGUCCGCCCUACGGCGGACAGUCUUACGGACAGCCGUCCUACGCGCAGCCGUCCUACGUUCAACCGACCAUCCAGCAGGCCCCGGCGCUCACAGUCCUUCAACCGAGCCGCCCCGGCAUCGGUCAGCUGGCCAAGGAAGCGCUGGUUUACUCCAGCGUGAGCGCGGGCGUGAGCGCGGCCGUGAACAGAUUGCUGCCGGGCGGUAUUUACGGCAGGAGUCCUGGAAGCAGCGGCACCGGCAGUCACACCGAGAUCACGUACAACAAUUACUACAACAAUCAGACUCAGCCCCAGCCUAGCGGCGACGCUUACGUGGUGCCGGUGAACAACAACGGCGCGCCUGCCAGCCCGAACGCACCGAGUCCGGCAGCGCCGGCCCAGUCGCCGCCGCCGGCGGAAAAGAAAGAUCAGGCGCCUAGCAAUGCCGCACCGCCGACCGAUAACGCCAACUCGCAGAUUCCUCCGCAGAGCAGCAAUCCGAGUCAGCCGAACUAUCCGAUCUCCAACGACGAAGUGAAGAAACUGUCGGAGAGCCUCUUCGAGGCGGACAAGAACAACGCGUACAAGUACAUCACUGUGAAUCUGCAGGGCGAGACGAAGGAAGACGGCACCGGAGAUGACGCGUCUCUGCCUUUACUGGACGUAAAAUCCGAGGCGUACGAAAUUCCGACGGUGAAGAGCGUGUUGGCGCUGCACGACAAUUACGAGAUAGAUGUCAAGACGAAGGAGAUUGUCACGCCCGAGGAGCGCAAGGAGGAAACCGAGCUGCUCGACAAGUUCCUGGAAACCGACGUGUUUAAAGCGGCGAUGAAGUUCCUGGUCGACAAGGGAUUCAUUCCGAAUGACGAGUACGAGUUCAAGGACACCAUGAGACGCAUCUGGUUCUCGCAGUUCCAGCGAGUCGAAGGCGAGCCGUCCAGUUCCGGUUUCGAGGCGGUGUUCGUGGCGGAAAAACUCGACUCCUACAUGAUCGGCCCGCAAAACUGGAUCUACUACGCUAAACAGGAGGCGCAGAAGAAUCUCGACUAUCGCGGAUACAUGAAGGACGUCAAGCUCGGAGAUAAAGGGGAGGCCAUCAAGAUACGCUCGGCCUUUAAUAUGCCGGACACGAAGCAUGCGAUUACGACCCUUCUCGUAGGCCUUUCACCCGAGCUGGAGAUGGCUCUCUACACUUUAUGCUUCUACGUUCGCCCGAACGACGUUUGCCCAAUUUCGUUGGGCGGAAAAGACGUUAAUUUGGUCUCUACGAGGUUCAACUACUUCGGCAAAGAUAUUUUGAUCGCCGGCUUCAUCGCGGGAUAAAAUUCAGCUUAGAAUCAAAAGGCCAUUCUGGUUUUAUAUAAAAUUGUGGUUGAAAAUUUGAAUAGACAUAAAGUUCAGAAAAAUCUUUUGUCAAAGCAACUCAUAAAACAAUAUUAUAUUUAUGUCUUGCUUUUAGUUCGUUAUACAUAUGUCUAUACAGCAUAAUAAUAAGCUGCGUUUCACUCAUUUGUACAUAGAUAUAUUCAAAUAUGUGCAAAAUAAAAUUAUGAGAAAAGAAGCCGUGAUCUCUCCGAGUAUAAAUUUAUAUUUGCAAUAAAAGAUUAGGAAAUAUAGCUGUCAUACUACCUCAGG